UUUAUCUCUCUCUAUCAGUCAGUUGUAUUUCUUUUGGACCCUCUCUCUCCCUUUCUUUCUCUGACCCUUUUCGACCUCUUUACUGUAAAUGGUGCACUACAGAGAUUAAGUCCCUGAAUCAGACCUACAUUCAUCUUAAUCUGUUGGCCAACAAGAUGUGUGGCUCUAGGAUGUCAUAGCUUCUAUUACUAUUCUGUCUGUUCCUCCCUUCAUCCUUCUCUCUCUCUCUCUCUCUCUCUCUCUCUCUCCUUCAUGACAUCAUCCGCCCACCAUAUGCACAUCAUAAUGGGAUGGCAGGGGUGGAGCACACAAUCGUUCAUAGAGGGAAAGCAAAAAAGUGGAUGGGGGAAUGACGAUUUGUCUGUUGGAGAGAGAAAACAAGUGAGAGAGAGAGAGAGAGAGAGAGAGAGAGAGAGAGAUGGGUACAAGCAUGGAGGUGAGAGGUCAAAAAGGUUGAGAGAGCUGGUCCAAUACUUUUGUGCAUGCUGGCUCUCGCACUGGUCAUUUCCUUACCAGAUGGUCAGGGAUGUUGAUUUACUUCAUCGCUACAUAAAACAGAAAGAAACCCAACUUGCUAAAGAAGAGGAGAGAAAGGCAGAGCAAGAGGACGAGAGAACUCUAGUUCUCCGCUAUUUUUAGGGAACCUGACUGGUAUUCGAUGCCUGCAUUCUCCCUGGGAUUUUAAAUGAACUAAGUUAAUGUCUGUGGGAGUGAAUGGUACUUUGAGAGGGGCUGUCUCUGUACCCUCUUCAAUUACCCCUUUCUUCCGGUCCCAGCUGUCACCCUCCGCAGACUUAGCUGUGGCUAUAUUCCUCAUCACCACAGGCGUGGUGUCAGUGGUGGGUAAUGGUGUGGUUUUGCUGGUUUAUGGGCGAAAGAGAAAGAAACUCAGGCCCCAUGAGCUGUUGACCAUAAACCUAGCGGUUUGUGACUUUGGCUACAGUCUCCUCGGCGCACCCUUUCCUAUAACGUCCAGAUGCCCAGCAGGGAUUCUCUUCAUGGCUGAUUGGCCAAAUCAAAGUGAACAGGGGAGGGCUACUGCAGGGGGCCACAUAAUCAGGAGGAAAGCAGACCUUCGUGGUUCUGCGUUGUGGAAUGGAACCGCCAUCAGCCUGUCUCAUGCCUGGGUGUUUGGUCAGACUGGGUGUCUUUACUACGGGAUGCAAGGCUUUGUGUUUGGCAUCGGCUCUCUGAUCACCACCUGCCUUAUCUCUCUAGACCGCGCUUUCAAGAUCUGCAGCAUCCAGUACGGCCAGUGGGUUGAAAGGAGACAUGCAUCUUUGUCCAUUGUGCUGGUAUGGAUCUACACCAUAUUCUGGGGAUUACUUCCUGUUUUCGGUUUCGGUAGCUAUGGGCCAGAGCCAUAUGCCACAAGCUGCACAAUUAACUGGUGGAGUAUGAAGUCAUCUCUCAAUGACAAGAUCUACAUCUAUCUCAUAAUGUCCCUCUGUUUCGGAGUGCCCACCUUGAUCAUCAUCACUUCUUACAUCGCCAUCAUGGUGACGGUUUAUCGCUCUAGUCGUACCUUGGCAUCCAUUCCAUCCUCAACUGUCACACACAGCAGCAAAGAAUUGAGACUCACAAAGAUCGCUGCAGUGGUUUGCUCAUCCUUUCUCUUGGCCUGGAUGCCGUACGCUAUCGUUUCUCUCUACUCCGCACUGACAGCCAAGGAGGAACCAGGAGAAUAUGUAGGAAUCCUGACAGCUGAAGCUGGACCGACAGGGCAAGCGACCCCCAAGCUGGCCGAUUUCCUCGCUUUCCCGUCGCUCCUCAACUGGACCUCCGUGGAAAAUUACACCACUAUCCACAAGACUCUGGACAUGUGGAGUAACAGUACAAUGCAAUCCAACUUCAGGCCGGACUUCAACCCGGUGUCUUCAGUGGGUCCUGGUUCAGUCCUGGGGCCCCAAAGCACUCGGGCCGUGUCCAGCCUGCCUCCGGAGGUGACGCUGAUCCCAGCUAUGUUCGCCAAAUCGCACUGCAUGGUCAACCCCUUCAUCUACCAGAUCAUGAACCACGAGUUCAGGGCAAACGUGUGCUACAUUUUCUGUGGGAGAGGCUUGGACAGAGAGAUGACAAGCCGAAGAGGGAGAGAGGGGAGUGACUCUGAAGGCAACCGCAGCAGCAUGAACCUGUCCUACUGCCACAGCUGGAGGAAGAGCUCUUCAAACACCCCGAAUCAGGGAGACCACAGGAAGAAGAAGCUCCAGAAUCCGGGCAGUGAAAAGGGCCACCGCAGCUCCUGGCACGGCAGCGGAGGCAGCGACUGGGCCUCCCUGGACGCAGCCACGCUGGACACCCAGAUCAACAUAGAGGGGGAGAAAGGAAGUGAGAAGGGUCAGGGAGGGUCCACCUCCAGCAGUCUGUUAACUUGUGAAGACUGAGGUGAUGAUUAUGGUAUGGGGAAAUGGCUGUUAAAAAUAUAUUUAUUCUUAUAUGAAGAUCUUUAUGAAGAAGUGUAUAUUUUAUGAAUUUUGUUUAUUUGUAAUUGAUUUAGAAUGCAUACUUAUGCGUGCUUUCACUUUGUCAUUCCUCACUGAUAAUGCUCUAUGUGCAUUAAGCUGUUUCAUUUGCAUAUUCAUAUUUGACUAGAUGGCUAUUUAGGUGAAUAAGUAGCCUAUAUCUAGAACUGGACAGACUUUUACCUUUAACACACUGUGUAGCUCAUAUGGACAUCUUCUAUUGACAAUCAUCCAAUGACAGCCAGCAAGAGCAUGUUGUCUAUGUUAACCUUGACACUAUGGUCCUGUUGCUGCCAACUGUCCUGAUUUGAUUUAUAGAAUGAUGCCAUGACUCUCCAUUUAGAGUAGGCAUAAUUAUGACCGCCGCGCAGCGAAACGUGGUUUAGUCAGAUUUUUUUUUUUUUUUUUUUUUUUCGCA